UGCAAUCUGCUAGAUGAAGCUCUAAGGCAAGUUUGCCAGAUCUGGGGCUGCAUCAUCGUUCAGCACAUCUGGAAGUGGUUUAUGGGCUCUCAUUCCUUUGGUGCCGCGUCUGGACUCUGUGCUAUUCCUCAGCAGCAGGGAGAGAAAAGAAAACCAGCACAACUCCAAAGUAAACUUUGAAGAGUUUGAAAAAGGAAUUGAAUCUUAAAACUGUUUCUGUGCCCUGUAAGGCCCUUGUACAGGGGACUUUAAAGGAAGACGAUGGGCAAGGAAGCUUUGGCAAGAAUGCUGACAGCUGUGGGCUAUCUAGGAUCCAAGUAAAAAGCUCUACAGCUCUUCAGGAGAAAGGAGUCCCGAUUACUGUGCUGCUUUGAAGAGCAGACCACAGUUCUUAUCCAACAGAACACAUGGCUCUUUUAAAGAAAAUUAACCAGAUCUUACUGUUACUUCUUAUAUUAACCGUGUGUGCAAUCCUGUACAACAAAGUUCACAAAGCACCAUCUGCCUUAAGGAAUGAAGCAGGUGAGUUGGAGAGUCCUAAGGAAACGGAGGAAGAAAUCCCAGUUGUAAUCUGUGCUGCUGCAGGCAGAAUGGGUGCAACUGUAGCAGCAAUCAGUAGCAUCUACAGCAACACAGAGGCUAAUGUUUUGUUCUACAUAGUUGGACUGAAGAACACCAUCCCACAUAUUCGAAAAUGGAUUGAAAAUUCUAAACUAAAAGAAAUAAAAUUUAAGACUGUGGAAUUCAACCCCAUGGUACUGAAAGGAAAAAUCAGACAAGAUGCAUCGCGUCCUGAGCUACUGCAGCCUCUGAACUUCGUUCGAUUUUACCUUCCUUUGCUUAUCCAGAAACACGAGAAAGUCAUAUAUUUGGAUGAUGAUGUCAUUGUUCAAGGUGACAUUCAGGAACUCUAUGAUACAAAGCUGGCUCCUGGCCAUGCUGCGGCUUUUUCAGAUGAUUGUGAUCUCCCUUCCACGCAUGAGAUGGUUAGAAGUGUUGGGAUGCAGAACACAUACAUGGGAUUUCUGGACUAUAGAAAGCAAGCAAUUAGAGACCUUGGCAUCAGCCCCAGCACCUGCUCCUUUAAUCCUGGCGUAAUUGUUGCUAACAUGACUGAAUGGAAAAAUCAGCGGCUCACAAAGCAGUUGGAAAAGUGGAUGCAAAGAAAUGUAGAGGAAAACCUCUACAGCAGCACCCUUGGGGGAGGUGUGGCGACCUCUCCAAUGCUGAUUGUAUUUCAUGGAAAGCAUUCCACUAUUAAUCCUAUGUGGCACAUACGGCAUCUCGGUUGGAGUCCUGAUACCCGGUAUUCAGAGCAUUUUCUUCAAGAAGCUAAAUUACUUCACUGGAAUGGGAGAUAUAAACCUUGGGACUAUCCCAGCGUUCACACUGAUCUCUGGGAAAACUGGUUUAUCCCUGACCCUUCAGGGAAGUUCAAAUUAACGCGUCCUGACAGCUGAUAAUGAAAACACUUCAACAUAUUCAGACCUUUUGGGUUGCAGUAUGCAAAUAGUUGGUGAUGCAACACAUCAAAUCGUAUAACUAACUGAUUUUAGAAAAAUGUUGCUUAAAUAUUGCCAUGAAAUGACUAUCAGUUUUGAGGGCUUAUGGGUGGUAUGUUAGUUACACAGUUCAAAUUUUUUUUUUUUUUUUAAUUUUCAAAUAAAGUGAGGAAACAAGUUUAUUUUACAAUGAGGUAUUUUCAUUAAAUAUUUACUGAGGUGAAGUCAGAUAAUGUGUUUCAAUGUGAAGUCAAGUAUCUGCCAGGAGGAGAAAAAUCUACAGAGGAAAUAACUUGUGAUAUUAAAUACAAGGUGUCUUUAGUCUAUCAGCUGACAGGGAGCAGCUCAAAAUUAAAACUCA